AUGAGUUAUUGGUUGUUUCUGAGGGGUGACAAGAGCGAAACCCCCAUGGAACUGGAACCAGCAGUGUCGUCUGCAUCAGACCCGAGUGAGAGGGCGACACCCGGGUCAGGCCAAGUACAAGAGUCUAUUCCUGAGUCAGAUUCAGUACCAGACGUACCAGUAUCACAGGGUUCCUUAAAGAAGGUAACCCAUACAAAAUCACAAGGGACAUUGCCUUCUGCCGCGAGCUGGCUUGGAUGGGGGGCAAGAACGUCUGUUACUGAAGAAGAAAAUGACAACGAAAAUGCCAUAGAAGAAGAAGGAGAAGCAGAUGAAAGGGGGGGUGCAAAGAAUGAGGGUGAUGAUUUCAUAGCAGGGAAAGAUGAAAGCGAUGAUACAGAGGAGAUUGAAGACCAUGUUUCAACUUCCAAAAGACGAGGAUGGAGUUUCUGGAGUAACAACAAUAUUACUGGGAGCAAUCCCAAAGGCAGUAACAAUAAAGUGGACCAUAACGGUGCGAAGGUUGAUGAUUCUUCCAGUGCUGUAGUGGAUGGUGAUUAUAAUACCAAGAAAUCAAAGAGUGAGAGCUUCUCUAAUGCGAUUAUAGAGUCUCCUUCGUUUACUAAUCUUAGAGAGCUUAAAGAGACGACGGCCAAUAUUAAAGGAUCAUCUAAAAAAGAUGGCUCAAAGAGUCCAACAGUCCAUCCAUCUCCACCAUCAUCGAAUACCAAUGGAAAUGCAUCUAAUUCCAGUAAUGAUAAUAAUACCAAUGAAAGCGUUGAUGAUGCUGUUCUAUAUAAACCUCAUGACCAACCCAACCAAUUUGAUAAGAUUAACACUCAUAAGAACGAAAACAUAAAAGAGAACGUGAUUGUCCCCAACUGGAAUUCAUGUCUUCCCAGUCUUUCCUAUUCCAACGGUUCAAGUUCUUCGUUCGCUGGUGGGUUAUUUCGUAGCUCCAUGACAAACUCCACCCAGAACAAUGCUAAAAUAGAGGUUAAGAACUGGAGAACGUUGAUUUCACAAUUAUCGUCACGAUUAGGUCUCUCUUCCACAGCAAUCACUGGUUCAGGAGGAGGAAUAGAUGAGCCCUAUCAUUCUUUUGAAAUAAACAAGAGUUCAUUAGAAAAGCAAGCUAAUUUGCUUUAUGAGAGAACUUAUAAAUUGUAUGGCAAAAGUUUGGCUAAACUACCACCCCACAAAAGAGCCUGUUUACCCAAUUAUAGCAAGGUUUAUGAUAAUCGGGUGGGAAAAGGAGAAGACGAAACUUAUGUUUUUGACCAACAAACUCAACUUGAAGAGGAUGCUGCAGAUCCUAAUUCGAUUUCAAUUACCAGUGACGCCACAGGAAAUUUACUAAUUAAUGCAGAUUCCCAUGAUAGAAUUAGGAACAAAUAUUUGCUUAAUCAAGCACAGAUUAGAUCUCAAAAGACUGGACCAUUGAAUAAAAUUAGAAAGAUUUUAAUUAUUGGAGUUCAUGGAUUCUUCCCUACCAAAAUGAUAAGACCUAUAAUUGGUGCACCUAAGGGGACAUCAUCCAAGUUUGCCAACGAAGCUGAAAAGGCGGUGAUAAGAUAUUGUGAAGAGAACAAUUUGAUUGAUAAGGAGAACGAAAAUCAAAUCAGUAUACAAAAAAUAGCCUUGGAGAAGGAAGGGAAAAUAUUGGAUAGAGUGGAGUUCUUUACUGAAAUCCUAUUGAAAUGGCAAGAAGAAUUAAACAGUGCAGACUUUAUAUUCUUUUCGUCUCAUUCACAAGGAUGUGUUGUUUCUAUAAUUUUAUUGGCCAGACUAAUCAACGAAGGAAUUCUCAAGAAUGCCAUCUCAAAACGUAUUGGUAUUCUAGGGAUGGCAGGGAUUAAUAAUGGUCCAAUUUUCGGUAGAGAUAAGAGUUUAUUCAUGAAAGCAUAUUCAGCGAUUGAACACGAAUCAUUGAUGGAAUUAUUUGAAUUGAAUCGUUUUGAAUCCAUUCAAUCCAUGACAUAUAAAGACCUGAUCCAAAUCAUUGUUAAUUCCAAUGUGAAGAUUUGCCUAGUUGGUUCUAUAAAUGAUCAAUUGGUUCCUUUAUAUUCAGCUUUGGCUCUGCACGUUUUCCAUCCCAAUAUUUAUCGGGCAUGUUACGUUGAUCAUGCUUCCCAGACUCCACUUUUCAUUCAAAAGGUGGUAUCUCUAUGCUGUCAAAUGCAGAACUUGGGGUACUUUGACAAUAACGUCAUAAAGGAACUAAGUACUACCUUAGCUGGUCCUUUGACUGGUGGUGGACACUCUAAAAUCUAUAAUGACGGUAAAGUCUACGAUUUAGGAAUCAAGUUUUGUCUAGACACAGAUGAUAUCGUCAUACCUUCCAUAACUGCGGACAAUAAUACAGACAUCACUCGAAUUCCAAUCAACAACCAGGUUUAUUAUAAGGAAUACAAUAUAAGUAAGUUGGGCACAAAUCCUUAUAUGCUCCCCUGGUGUCUUCGAGGGUUUCUUUUUAAUGUGGAGAAGAAUUGGCCUGAUAAUACCAAGGCACUUUCUGUUUCUAAUGGACAUUCAAUGGGCUGGACUGGCUACGAUGAGGUUCAACUGCUCUUCACUCUGUUUGAGACUUGGAAACCGGAUUCAAAGGCUUAUAAGGAACUUAAAUUCAAGUUGAACGGAUUUAGAGCCAGCAAAUUAUGA